CCGGGCUGUGCGCGGGGCCCAGAGCGGCGCCGCUGCCGCCCGCGCGGGGGCUCCCCAUGGUGCAGCGGAGGUCGGGAUGUCGAAGACGUUGAAGAAGAAGAAGCACUGGCUCAGCAAGGUGCAGGAGUGUGCGGUGUCCUGGGCCGGGCCCCCGGGCGACUUGGGCGCCGAGAUCCGCGGCGGAGCCGAGCGCGGCGAGUUCCCCUACCUGGGGCGGCUCCGCGACGAGCCUGGCGGCGGCGGAGGCACCUGCUGCGUGGUCUCGGGCAAGGCGCCCAGUCCCGGCGAUGUGCUGCUGGAGGUGAACGGGACGCCGGUCAGUGGGCUCACCAACCGGGACACCCUGGCUGUCAUCCGCCACUUCCGCGAGCCCAUCCGUCUGAAGACCGUGAAGCCAGGCAAAGUCAUAAAUAAAGAUUUGCGACAUUACCUGAGUCUCCAGUUUCAGAAAGGAUCAAUUGACCACAAACUACAGCAAGUCAUCAGAGAUAAUCUCUACUUAAGAACCAUCCCAUGCACUACAAGGGCUCCCCGGGAUGGGGAAGUCCCAGGGGUGGAUUAUAAUUUCAUUUCUGUUGAACAAUUCAAAGCACUGGAAGAAAGCGGAGCAUUGUUAGAAAGUGGAACGUAUGAUGGGAAUUUCUAUGGCACUCCCAAGCCUCCAGCAGAGCCUAGUCCUUUCCAGCCAGAUCCUGUUGAUCAGGUCCUCUUCGACAAUGAGUUUGACACAGAAUCCCAAAGAAAACGAACCACAUCUGUGAGCAAGAUGGAAAGGAUGGACAGCUCUCUCCCUGAGGAAGAAGAUGAGGAGGACAAAGAAGCUGUUAAUGGCAGUGGAAGCUUAGAAAACAGAGAAAUGCACUCUGAGUCAUCUGACUGUUGGAUGAAGACAGUUCCAAGUUAUAACCAAACAAAUAGCUCCAUGGACUUUAGAAAUUAUAUGAUGAGGGAUGAGAAUCUGGAACCACUGCCUAAAAAUUGGGAAAUGGCCUACACUGACACAGGAAUGAUCUACUUCAUUGAUCACAACACCAAGACAACCACCUGGCUGGAUCCUCGUCUCUGCAAGAAAGCCAAAGCCCCUGAAGACUGUGAGGAUGGAGAGCUUCCUUAUGGCUGGGAGAAAAUAGAGGACCCUCAGUAUGGAACAUAUUAUGUUGAUCACCUCAACCAGAAAACUCAGUUUGAAAAUCCAGUGGAGGAAGCCAAAAGGAAAAAGCAGAUAGGACAGACUGAAAUUCAUCCUGCAAAAACAGAGGUGGAAAGAUCGCACUUUACUCGGGAUCCAUCCCAACUUAAAGGUGUCCUUGUUCGAGCAUCACUGAAAAAAAGCACAAUGGGAUUUGGUUUUACCAUUAUUGGUGGAGAUAGGCCUGAUGAAUUCCUGCAAGUGAAAAAUGUGCUAAAAGACGGUCCCGCAGCUCAGGACGGGAAAAUUGCACCAGGUGAUGUUAUUGUAGACAUCAAUGGCAACUGUGUCCUUGGUCACACCCAUGCAGAUGUGGUCCAGAUGUUUCAGUUGGUGCCUGUCAACCAGUAUGUCAACCUUACUUUAUGCCGUGGUUAUCCACUUCCUGAUGACAGUGAAGAUCCUGUUGUGGACAUUGUUGCUGCUACCCCUGUCAUCAAUGGACAAUCAUUAGCAAAGGGAGAGACUUGCAUGAAUACUCAGGAUUUUAAACCAGGAGCAAUGGUUUUGGAUCAAAAUGGCAAAUCAGGACAACUCUUGGCCAGUGAUCGUCUGAAUGGUCCAUCGGAUUUAAGUGAGCAGAGAGCAUCCCUGGCAUCAUCAGGCAGCUCCCAGCCUGAACUAGUGACUAUCCCUCUGAUUAAGGGCCCCAAGGGCUUUGGGUUUGCAAUUGCUGACAGCCCAACUGGACAGAAGGUGAAAAUGAUAUUGGAUAGCCAGUGGUGUCAAGGCCUUCAAAAAGGGGAUAUCAUCAAAGAAAUUUACCAUCAAAAUGUACAGAACUUAACACAUCUCCAGGUCGUAGAAGUACUCAAGCAGUUCCCAGUAGGUGCCGAUGUCCCAUUACUUAUCCUAAGAGGAGGUCCUCGUUCACCAACUAAAACUGCCAAAAUGAAAACAGAUACAAAGGAAAAUUCAGGAAGUCUGGAGACCGUAAAUGAGCCUGUUCCCCAGCCUAUGCCGUUCCCGCCCAGCAUUGUCAGGUCAGGGUCCCCGAAGCUGGAUCCUUCUGAGGUUUACCUGAAAUCUAAGACUUUAUAUGAAGAUAAACCACCAAACACCAAAGAUCUGGAUGUUUUUCUUCGGAAACAAGAAUCAGGAUUUGGCUUCAGGGUGCUGGGAGGAGAUGGACCUGACCAAUCUAUAUAUAUUGGGGCCAUCAUUCCCCUGGGAGCAGCUGAAAAGGAUGGUCGGCUGCGUGCUGCUGAUGAGUUGAUGUGCAUUGAUGGGAUUCCUGUCAAAGGAAAAUCACACAAGCAAGUCUUGGACUUAAUGACCACCGCUGCUCGAAAUGGCCACGUGUUGCUGACUGUCAGGAGGAAGAUCUUCUGUGGAGAUAACCAGCCUGAGGAUGGCAGCCCGCAAGCCUUCACCCAGAGUGGGUCUCCUCGCCUGAGCAGGGCGGAGCUCCCAGCCAGGACUGCUCCCCAGGAGGCCUAUGAUGUUGUUUUGCAGAGAAAAGAAAAUGAAGGGUUUGGCUUUGUCAUCCUCACCUCCAAAAGCAAGCCACCGCCGGGAGUUAUUCCCCAUAAAAUUGGCCGAGUCAUAGAUGGAAGUCCAGCUGAUCGCUGUGGAAAGCUGAAAGUCGGAGACCACAUCUCUGCGGUGAAUGGACAGUCCAUUGUUGACCUAUCCCAUGAUAAUAUUGUUCAGCUGAUCAAAGAUGCUGGAGUCACCGUCACACUGACAGUCGUUGCUGAAGACGAGCACCAUGGUCCGCCAUCAGGAACAAACUCAGCCAGGCAAAGCCCAGCACUGCAGCACAGGCCUAUGGGACAGGCACAAGCCAACCACAUACCUGGGGACAGAACUGCCCUAGAAGGUGAAAUUGGGAAAGAUGUCUGCAGUUCUUACAGACACUCCUGGUCUGACCAUAAGCACCUCGCACAGCCUGACACCGCAGUGAUUGCAGUUGUGGGCAGUCGGCACAGUCAGAGCCUCGGCUGUUACCCUGUGGAGCUGGAGAGAGGCCCUCGAGGCUUUGGCUUCAGCCUCCGUGGUGGGAAGGAAUACAACAUGGGGCUGUUCAUCCUUCGCCUCGCUGAGGACGGCCCUGCCAUCAAAGACGGCAGAAUUCAUGUUGGUGACCAGAUCGUUGAAAUCAACGGAGAACCUACACAAGGCAUCACACAUACACGAGCAAUUGAACUCAUUCAGGCUGGUGGGAAUAAAGUCCUCCUCCUCCUGAGGCCAGGAACUGGCUUGAUACCUGACCAUGGUGAUUGGGAUAUUAAUAGUCCUUCAUCUUCCAAUGUCAUUUAUGAUGAACAGCCACCACUUCUUCCAUCUUCACUUUCUGCUUCCACAUCUGAAGAGUGUCAUGUGCCAGUAACUGAAGACUCUCUGAUUAGAGUUCAGAUACAUGAAAAGGCAGAAGAACUAAAGGACCCUGUACCAGAAAAGAAAAGCACUUUAAAUGGAAGCCAGCCUGAGAUGAAGCAUCAGUCUGUUCUCCAGAAAAAUGUGAGGAAGAAGGAUCCACCCAGCAGUUACAGCCAUGGGGAGAAGAAUCUGCUGAAAGGAGAAAACGGUGUCACUCCAAGAGGUAGAUCUGCUAGUCCCCAAAAGUCAGCUAACCAACACUCAGAGGAACAUUCAGAAAGGAUUAUCAGGCCCCUAAAACGUGACCCCAAAGGAAAAUCUAGAGAUCGGUCACUCAGCCCUAGGAAAGGAGAGAGCAAAGGUCAGCUCAGCUCUGAGGCGGGCUCUGGACACGGUCCCUGCGCACAAGGCAGAGGACGGUCCUCCAGCCCCAGGAAGCAGCAGAAGAUGGGAAGCAACAGCCCGUCAAACGCUGAAAGCAAAUUACCAGAGGCUGCAAGCCAGAGAGGAGCAGGCCAUUCUAGUGACAGCACUGAACAGCUCCCAGACAGGAAAGAAAGGUCAGGGGUCAUCAGGAAAGAUCUGAAGCAGAGUCAACUGGGAAAAAACACAACAAGAUCUCCAGAGAAAAACAGCAAUAAAACUGAUGAAAUGUCUCUUCCAUCCAAAAAGAUUAGCAACACUGCUAGUAGGGUAGUGUCUGAAAAGGAGAAAGGGAGGAAGCCAACCACAGGAGAAACAAGUAGAGACAAGACAGGAGAAAAAGUCCAGAUCUCGGCGAAGAAGCUCAAGCAGGCACCUGAAGAGAAGGUGGCGUUAAGCAAAGCAGACCACACAGGGAAAGAGCCAGAGGCCACUGCCAGAUGCAAGGAGGGUGCAGGGGCCACACCUGAAAGUAGCGCUUCAGCCAAGAAAGCACCCAUCACUCCAGGACCCUGGAGAGUGCCACGUGCAAAUAAAGUCACAGGCACUACUGGCAUGGCUGACAAACAGCUGUGACCUUUCCUAUAAAACAAAGAAAAUUAAGU